CGCACGCCUACAAGAGCUGAAAAGCACCUGGGCGUCUUGUCACUGCCUCUCGCUGCCAUGGCGCCGCUACAUGUGUCUGUGGGCAUACUGGCCAUCUCCGGCGGUUCCCUGUUACUGUUGGUAAACAACUAUGGCAGCACUCCUCAAAACGACCUCAUCCCUCCUACUGCACUUGGAGUUCUGCUCCUCAUCAUCGCUGCCAUCGUCGCUUACGCAGGCGUCUGUCGGAGCUUGUCCAGUUCGCAGCUCUUCUCCUCGCUGUGUCUGACAGUCUCAGCCUUGUGGUUUGGCUCCAGUCUGGUCUACAUCCUGACCGGACAGAAGGUCCUUAAACCCGAAGACCUAAGAUCCUCAUUAGUCCCCGGCUUGGCCGCCUUUGCCUUGGCUUUGUUCAUCAUAGGCAGCGUAGCUCUACUAGUUAAAAAGGCUGUUCUGUUCAUCGUCGCCAUCUGCAUCAGCUUGGCCUGUGCGCACCAAAUCGCCGGCCUGUCCGCAGAAGGUUUCGGCCAAUCUGCCACGGCUGCCAACUACCUUCUGGUGUCUCUGGUGGGCGGCUACUUCGGUGCGGGGCGUUUGUUGUCCACUGUUACGCAUGGGAAAGUGGAUCUUCCCGGGAUUAGCCUGCGGACAAAAGGCAAGCUGAAGUCUGAGACGCACUGUUGUUCUGACGCAGUGUUAGUGGGUGUGGUGAUGAACCUGUUGGCGGCCUCAGUGUUAGCCUGUCCCCUGUUAGGUGUGGUUCCUCAGCUCUUUGUCGGCCACGUCCCCUGGCUAUGGACAGCCGGUGUGUACCAGCUCGGGUUGUGCGUCCUAUUCUACCGAUCCAUGGACCCGCUCUCUGCUGCCUUUUACGGUUUUAUGUCGGUGCUCAGGUUCGCGGAAGGCUACAGCGCCCUCCUGUCCUUCUAUUCCAUACAACCCUUCUCCCCUGUUCCCUUCCCAGUCGUCUUCGCCGUGCUUUUCUUCAUCCUGACUCUGUUCAGCUGUCAGAAAAGCCUGCUGGAGGGACUCUACCAUUUACUAUUUGUGGCCUACUGUAUAGCCAUUGCUGCUCAACCUCAAGGCUUCUUCCAGGAAGGCACCCAGGGCGUCCAAGCGGCCAUAUUUGUCGGCUCUGCAUUCGUGCUUCUAAUAACCACUUAUAACAUAGUCGCCUCCAAAACCAUCCCUACCGGACGGGGCAUUUUUAAAGCGUUGGUAAACAAGACGAGGGGCCUCACACUCCGCGUCCACGAUAAAGACCUUCACGCGCCUCACCUGGGCUACUCCAAAUAUGCCGAUGCAGAGGUGUUAGGUCACGCCUGUAGUGUCCUGGCUACGUUCGCCGUCACGGCAACGGUCGGCGACAGAGCGGUGUUGUCCGUGCUCGUGCUCCCCUGGGUGGUCGUCGCCGGCGGUGUCCUCCAGCUGCUCUGCGGCUCGGUCGCCUUCUCCCGGGGGAAAACCUUCGAGAGCACCGUUUUCACCCUCUACGGGGUCAUGUGGAGCGUGUGGGGCUUGACUCGGUACGGCGGGCUGUACGGCGAGACGAGAGGCUUCAACGUGGCCGUGGGGAUCAUCGCCUUCCUGAUGUUCAACGCCCUGGUGGCGGCGGCGGCUCUGUUUGUGAGCCUCGCCUGGUUCGUGUAUGCGCUCGCCUUCCAGCUCAUCAUCAUCAGCUUCCUGCUGGACGCCCUCGAUGUUUUGCCUUUUGGCUACGACAUAGGAGUCACCAUUAUCUUCGGCCUCGUCAGCUUUUACUGUUUCGGGGCUCAUCUUUUCAACAGCACCUUCCAGUCCCCCCAGCUUCCCCUGGGGAGACCUUUGAUAAGACUAAGCGGGGUCGGGGGAGGGGCGCAUAUCUGUCCGCACCUGCCAGCCCGAAAGGCCACAUCAGUUCAGCAGAUUGCAGACAUCAUGAAAAAUGGCGGCACGUGCGGCAUGCCGACUGACACGGUCUAUGUGCUGGUGGCAGCUUGCAACAGACCCGAUGCUGUUGUCAAAGCAUUCAAGGUGAAGAAGCAGGCUCAGGACAGACCCAUGUCCAUGUGGCUGUCCUCCAUCAGGCAGCUUGACCCCGUCAGACACCUGCUGAGCCCCUUGCUGCUGGACUUCAUGGAGGCCGCCUGGCCGUCCUCCAUCAGCAUGGUUAUACCUCGAGGCCCAUGGAUGGACACGUUUGGUUUAGGAGACGCUGCCGAACACAUCGGGACUCCCCAAAGCAUUGCUAUCAGGAACCCAGACUGUGCUGUGGCCACCCACCUCAUCGAUCUAGUGGGACCCGUGGCUGUGACCUCAGCCAACCCCACAGGAGAAGCAGACACCACUCACCACAACCAGGUCUACGCCAAGUUGGGCAAGAAGGUGGACGGUGUUUUAUGUGACGGGCCCUCCCCGGAGAACAUCGCGUCCACUGUGGUGGAUUGCACUAAGAUUGACACGGGACACAUCGGCUUCUUCCGAGUGGGUCUCAUCCCGAAAUCCAAGGUUCUUCAAAUUUUCGAGGAGGUUCAGAAGCGGCACACGCGGGGGCAGACCAACCCAGCGUUUGAAACCCAUCAUUCAGAAACAGAGGUGGAAAACCCUUCAUCAACAGACAACAGGGUGUGAAAAGUUGGACACCGAACACAGUUUAAUGUUGCUUUGUGAUAGCAGUCAAGCACCGCGUUUGUCAUGUUUUAUUUUGGAAAUAAACAAUGCAUAUUUAGGUCA